ACCUUGCGCUUCCUGCCACCACAUUGGAGUGUUUUCAAGACAGCUUCGGUGUUAAUCCGUUUUUAUGUAGUGUUUAGUUGUUGGAAAUCUUCUAGAGUAAUGAGCAGAUAUAUUUUACCUGUGUCCGUUUUUGGAACAGUGAUUGGAGGCGGUGUUUUAUUGAAAAAUCAUGUGACAGGAGGCCGGUGUCCCACUAAGGCUACGAUUAAUGGAAAGACCGUGGUCAUAACAGGAGCUAACACUGGUAUCGGAAAAGCGACAGCCCGAGAACUUGCACAGAGAGGGGGACGAAUCAUUAUGGGAUGUCGUGACAUGGAGAAAUGUGAGGAAGCAGCAAAGGAAAUCAGAGGGAACACUCUGAAUCCUCAUGUUUAUGCUUGUCACCUCGACUUGGCCUCCAUGAAAUCCAUCCGAGAGUUUGCAGAAAGAAUCAAACGAGAGGAGAAGAAUGUGGAUAUACUGAUAAACAAUGCAGGGGUCAUGAGGUGUCCAGCAUGGAAGACGGAUGACGGCUUCGACAUGCAGUUUGGAGUGAACCACUUAGGCCAUUUCUUGUUGACGAAUCUCCUGCUGGAGAAGUUGAAGGAGUCCGCCCCCAGCAGAGUGAUCAUCCUGGCCUCUCUUGCCCACAUUAUUGGAAAGAUUGACUUUGAUGACUUGAACUGGGAGAAGAAGAAGUUUGAUACCAAGCAGGCGUACUGUCAGAGCAAGCUUGCCAAUGUUCUGUUCACCAGAGAACUCGCAAAGCGAUUACAGGGCACAGGAGUCACAGUGAAUGCUGUGCACCCAGGAGUUGUUGCUACGGAGCUUGGGAGACACACUGGUCUGCACCAAUCACAGUUCUCAAGCUUUAUGCUCGGUCCCUUUUUCUCUCUGCUGGUGAAAAGCCCAGAGCUGGGAGCCCAGCCCAGCAUCUAUCUGGCCGUGGCCGAGGAGAUGGAAGGGGUGACGGGGCAGUACUAUGACGUGAUGACUGAAAAGGAACCAGCCCCUCAGGCCCUCGAUGAUGAGACAGCUAUCAGACUGUGGAAAGUCAGCAGUAGACUGGUGGGUCUGGAAGGAGAAGGACAGUCCACUACGCCAAACCCACCAUCAGAAGGCCAAAACAAAGCUGGACCGACAGACCCACCGCAGGCACCCGCGCAGAGACCAGAACCACAUGCCAGUACUGCGGGAUCGUAGGUCUGUUCUGGCCUCUGAGGGAAUAUGGGAUGAUGGACUUUGAUGGCUUGAGCUGUGACACACGUAUUGGAGCAAUUAACUGUACAAGACUCUGACUAUUGAUGUCUGUAUAAUUACAAAUUUCAGUCAGUAUGUCUUUACGUUCCUGCAUCAGGAUAUUCUUUGUUUUUUUAAGAAAUUAUUCCACUGUUACUAAUUAAAAAAACAACAAUAUAUACUCAUCAACUGAAACACAAUACACACUUGAAUUGCUGCAGUACACUGUGUUAUUCCAACUGCCUAAUUGUUUUUUAUUUCACUCUUUUUAUGCUUGUUAAACAAUGUCAACUGGUAACUGAAAUGCACAAAGUAUGAGGAAGGAGCUUGUGAAACUACCUCAUAGUAUACAAAGGAGAAAGAAAGGUACGAUUCCAGGAAAUGUGUUCCUGACACAUUCUACGAUUGAUUUACAGAUGCUGUUACAAUCAAUAGGAAAGGAGUGAAUCAAACAUCAACCUUUAGAAGUACAGGCUGUGCAAAGCCUUGAAAAUGUAUUCGGGUCAUUGAUUUUUUUUUUUUUUUUUAGAAUUUGUGUUCCUAUAACCUGGUUUUUUUUUUCGGUUGGGGGGGUCAUUGAUAAACAGAAAAGGUAUCAAAUAUACCCAAAUCGUGAGUUUGUCUGGGAGUAUCUGUUAGGUUAAACACAUCUAGUCACUGGGAAUUUUGCCCCUCUCCAAAGGGAGAAACGUUCCAGCUCCUACUGUACAAGUUUAGGUGGGUUUCACUAGUACUCUGCAGUUUUUAAAUCAUACCUAACAUUCUCAAUUAGUUUGCAGUGUCUGGGUUUGACUCUGUCGUUCCGAGGCAUUUAAAUGUUUCCCACACGAGAGCGUUGCCUCUCUCCAGGUCUCAAUUCUCCAGAAGACUAAAUCAAGUUUCCUCUCAAGAAUUUGCCUAGAUUUAACACCAUCCAUCAACCUUCAACUCUGACCAAUUUAAAUAAAUAUCUCCACAGCAUGAAGCUGCCAUCAAGCUUCAUUCUGAGGUGAUGUUGUAUUUGCACCACACUGUUUCCCUUUUGUCAAAAUAGCUUGAAGUGGUCGUACGGACAGGCACUCCUUUCUCUGCUAUGCUCUAUAGCUUCUUUGUUUACUGGCUGAUUAAUGCUCCUCUGGCCUUUUCUAUGAGUUUUAAGGGUAAACCCUCUAUUUGUAGGUUUUUUUUUUGUGACAAGUAUUUUUUUAAUGAUUAAUUUAAUGGUGAUAAUCUUCUUUUUUUCAAUCCGUGGAUAUCCCUUGUUACAUAUUUUUAAACGUGCUUCUGGAUUCAGGAGUAAAAUGUGGGUAUAAAGUGCCACCUGUCUGCCAAACAUAGAAAAUACAGGUGCCUGAUAGCAAAUGCCACGUGACCUUGACUGUAGGACAUUUUACAUAUUUUCACAUUGUUUAAAGAUCAGGUUUUUAUUGUCUUUUUCUUUCUAUAUAAUUCAUGUUUUUGAAAAGGUUUCUAGAGCCUUGUUGUUAUUGACCCCUGGUUGCCAGUUACAUCCAGAGUCUGGUAUCA